AUGCACCACUCCAACUCCUCUCGACCGCCGGCUGCCGGGGUUCAAUUAGUUCCGGGACUUACUGCUGAAGAAAUGGGCACCGUUGUGGAGCGAACCUUUGAAAGGUACACGUCUUCUUCAAUGCCCACAAGAAAAGGCAAAGGGGUGGCUAUCGUUUGGUUUCGGAAUGAUUUGAGGAUUCUCGACAACGAGGCUCUGUUCCAGGCUUGGAUUUCAUCUGAGGCUGUUUUACCCGUUUAUUGCGUUGAUCCAAGGCUUUUCGGCUCGACCCAUAAUUUUGGAUUCCCGAAAACUGGAGUUUUGAGGACUCGGUUUCUCAUGGAGUCCUUGGUCGAUUUAAAAAGAAACUUAACUAAACAUGGUCUUGACCUACUAAUUAAACAAGGAAAACCAGAAGAUCUUCUACCUUCCUUAGCAAAAGCAUAUGCAGCACACACAGUAUAUGCUCAAAAAGAAACAUGCAGUGAAGAGUUGAAUGUUGAACAAUUGGUGGCUCGUAAUUUGAAACUGGUCACCUCUUCAGCAUCUGAAUCAAAUUCCAUAUAUGGUACCAGAUUGAAAUUGAUUUGGGGUGGUAGUAUGUAUCAUAUAGAUGAUCUUCCAUUUGAUUGUAAGAUUUUGCCAGAUGUAUAUACACAAUUUCGUAAGUCUGUUGAAUUCAAGUCUAAAGUACGUGGUUCUGUAAAGCUCCCAUCAGCACUUGGACCACCACCACAAGUUGGUGACUGGGGCUGCUUUUCAGAAAUUUCUCAGUUUGCGGUUGAGAUACCAAAGGUUGACAGAGGAAUGAGAUUUCUAGGUGGUGAAAGUGCAGGGCUAAGUAGACUACAUGAGUACUUCUGGAAUAAGGAUUUACUAGGGAUUUAUAAGGAAACUCGCAAUGGGAUGUUAGGUCCUGAUUACUCCACGAAAUUCUCCCCUUGGCUUGCAACAGGUUGCCUUUCUGCUAGGCUUAUUCAUGAUGAGGUAAAGAGAUAUGAAGCUGAGCGCCAAUCAAAUAAUUCAACAUACUGGCUUGUGUUUGAGUUGAUUUGGAGAGAUUACUUCAGGUUUCUUUCAAUUAAGCAGGGGAACUCCCUCUUUCAUCUAGGUGGGCCCAGGAAAGUUGAGAAUAACUGGAGUACGGAUCGUAAUCUUUUUGAUGCUUGGAAAGAUGGCCGUACCGGGUACCCUCUUGUAGAUGCAAAUAUGAAAGAACUUUCUACAACAGGGUUCAUGUCAAACCGAGGUAGACAGAUUGUAUGCUCCUUUCUUGUCCGAGACAUGGGAAUCGAUUGGAGGAUGGGAGCAGAGUGGUUUGAAUCUUGCCUUUUAGAUUAUGAUCCCUGCUCCAACUAUGGAAACUGGACGUACGGCGCAGGUGUGGGAAAUGACCCCAGAGAAGAUCGCUACUUCAGCAUUCCUAAGCAGGCUCAAAAUUAUGAUCCUGAAGGGAAGUUUGUAGCUUAUUGGUUGUCGGAACUGCAGCCACUGCCUAAAGAGAAAAGGAACUUUCCUGGUCAUUCAUACAUCAAAACCAUUGUACCACUUAAAUUCGGAAGCCAUAACAGAACCGUUGCUAAGGGCGCGGCUUCUGUCCCCAGAAGAACCUCCGCGGAGAAUAAAUGGAAGCGAGAUGGGAAGAGAGGAUGA